AUGGAAAUGUGGAAACGGAGAGCGCUCGGAGUUAACCGGGGGGGGGAGCGCUCGGAGUUAACCGGGGGGGGGGGGGGGGGGGAUUUGUCACGGAAGUUCAAAGCAGGAGAGGAGCAGUAUCUAGAUUAUCUGGAGGGGGAGAAGGGAGAUUCACACCCCCUUCUCACCGAUAUUGUCCAGAUGACGUCCAAUGACCUCGAGCGGAUACAGCGUCUGAGGCAGGAGUUCCAGCAGGCGCUACGGGAGGACGAGCCCUGGGCCACAAACGGGACGGAGGCUGCAGGACCGCGACCUCUGACCCUGGACCCUCCCUCACAGCCACAGCUGCCUCAGGACGACGGCUUCACCCAGAGCUCCCUGCCCCGGUGA